CUUGGAGCUCUAAAAAUGGAGUCAUCCUCCCCCGAACACACCACCCAACAGCCGCUGUUACAGCCGCAGCAUUCGAACACGAAUCUCGAAACAACCUCUGAUCUCGAGAACACGUUGUCGGACGACAACCUUACCUGGUUCGGUCGUAUAAGCAAAGCAACAUGGAUCGAGUCCAAGCUCCUCUUCUGCUUAGCCGCACCCGCCGUCAUGGUUUACAUGAUCAAUGCCUUCAUGUCAUUGUCCACUCAAAUAUUCUCCGGUCACCUUGGCAACCUCGAACUCGCCGCCGCCUCCCUCGGAAACACCGGCAUCCAAGUCUUCGCUUACGGUCUAAUGUUGGGAAUGGGAAGUGCCGUUGAAACCCUAUGCGGCCAAGCCUUCGGUGCACAGAAAUACGAUAUGCUCGGUGUAUACCUUCAAAGAUCAGCCGUUCUCCUCACAUUAACCGGCUUUCUUCUCACACUAAUCUACUUUUUCUCUAAACCGAUCUUGUUAAUCCUCGGUGAAUCCGAGGAAAUCGCUACGGCGGCCGCCGUGUUCGUGUACGGUUUGAUCCCGCAAAUCUUCGCCUACGCCGUGAAUUUUCCGAUUCAGAAGUUUCUUCAGGCCCAAAGCAUAGUUGCACCGAGUGCUUACAUAUCGGCGGCCACAUUGGUCGUCCAUUUGGUGCUGAGUUGGGUGGCGGUGUAUAAGAUCGGACUGGGUUUGUUGGGUGCUUCGUUGGUGUUGAGCUUGUCGUGGUGGAUCGCGGUGGUUGCUCAAUUUGUGUAUAUAGUUAAAAGUGAAAAGUGCAGGCUAACGUGGAGUGGUUUCAGUUUACAAGCUUUUAAAGGGUUGCCGGAGUUCUUCAAGUUGUCGGCGGCGUCGGCGGUGAUGUUGUGCUUGGAAACUUGGUAUUUUCAGAUUUUGGUUUUGCUUGCGGGACUGCUUGACAACCCCGAGUUGGCCUUGGAUUCACUCUCCAUUUGCAUGGCUAUAGCUGGUUGGGUCUUUAUGAUUUCAGUUGGUUUCAAUGCUGCCGCAAGUGUGAGGGUCGGGAACGAGCUGGGAGCGGGGCAUGCAAAAUCGGCUGCGUUUUCGGUGGUGCUAGUGACGGCUACAUCUCUUAUAUUAUCGGUGGCGGCGGCCAUAAUAGUAAUGUAUCUCCGUCACGUCAUUAGUUAUGUGUUCACCGAUGGCGAAGUGGUAGCGGAGGCAGUUUCCGAUCUCUGUCCACUUCUUGCAGUCACCCUUAUCCUCAACGGAAUUCAGCCUGUUUUAUCGGGUGUGGCUGUUGGUUGUGGAUGGCAAGGUUUCGUUGCGUACGUCAACGUUGGCUGCUAUUACGGAGUUGGGAUUCCCCUUGGAUCUCUUCUUGGCUUUUACUUUAAGCUUGGCGCCAAGGGUAUAUGGUCAGGUAUGAUGGGUGGCACGGCCAUGCAAACCCUAAUAUUGAUCUGGGUCACAUUUAGAACAGAUUGGGAAAAGGAGGUUGAAGAAGCUAGAAAAAGACUGGAUAAAUGGGAAGAUAAGAAAGAACCUGUUUUGCAUUAGAAAGUCUGAUCUAACUCAGAUUGAGAAUCUGGACCGAAGGAGUGCUAGGAGAGACGAUCGCUCUCUAAAAAUUUGCAUG